GAGAGGGAACUGAAGGAGAAGGUGGAAGAACAAGCGAGGGGGAGAGAGAGGGAACUGAAGGAGAAGGUGGAAGAACAAGUGAGGGAGAGAGAGAGGGAACUGAAGGAGAAGGUGGAAGAACAAGCGAGGGGGAGAGAGAGGGAACUGAAGGAGAAGGUGGAAGAACAAGUGAGGGAGAGAGAGAGGGAACUGAAGGAGAAGGUGGAAGAACAAGCGAGGGGGAGAGAGAGGGAACUGAAGGAGAAGGUGGAAGAACAAGUGAGGGAGAGAGAGAGGGAACUGAAGGAGAAGGUGGAAGAACAAGUGAGGGAGAGAGAGAGGGAACUGAAGGAGAAGGUGGAAGAACAAGCGAGGGGGAGAGAGAGGGAACUGGAAUCUAGACACGUCACCAACACAGAGACACGCAGAUAUUGGGGAAACAGGAAAAGAGAGGUUACACCUAACUCUGCUAUAGAGAGGAGAAGAGAGGAAGAGAGGGAAGAGAUGGAGAGGAAAAGAGAAGAAGAGAUUGAGAGGAGAAGAAGGGAAGAGGGGGAAGAUAUGGAAGAGAAAGUGACUGUGAAACCCUUGGUUAACUGUCUUCAAUCAACACCAACACAACAGCAGCAGCCAAAAAAGCCCCAGAAUGGUGGUCCAGCACUGUUCACAAGGAUCCCUAGUUUCCAUCUGACUGAAGAGGGCGCUAUACUCUCACAGCUGUCCGAACUCGAAGCAAAACCAGCCCAGAAAGUUGUUAAUACCUUCUGCCACAGAAUCAACAGCAUUGGAGAGAAGACAACCACCUCCUCCUCCUCCUCCUCCCAGUCAGAGUUGCGUGUGGUUCUGCUGGGUAGGUCAGGGUCAGGGAAGAGUGCAGCAGGUAAUAUCAUACUGGGGCGGGAGGAGUUUGUGUCUCGACCAGACAUUACCACAGCCGUCACUCAGGACUGUCAGAAGAGCAGGGCCCUCGUUGCCGGGAGACGGGUGGCAGUGGUGGACACUCCAGACUGGUUCCGCUCUGAGCACCCUCCCGAUGUGGUCCGUUCCCAGCUGUCGUCCUGUGUGGCCCUCUCGGCCCCUGGCCCCCACGCCUUCAUCCUCUGUGUCCCCGUAGACCAACCAGCCCAGGCAGAGCUACAGGCUCUAGGGGCCCUAGAGAAAGUCUUUGGUCCCGGGGCGGUCCGGACCCACACCCUGGUCCUCUUCACUCACUCCGAUCGGUUGAAGGAGAGCGGGAAAGUGGGAGUGGAAGGUGUGGAGAAGUAUAUCUCCAGCCAGAGGAGAGAUUUGUUAGAGUUGGUUAAACGAUGUGGGGAUCGGUAUCAUGUGAUGGAGAGAGGGAGCGGAGGAGAAGAGGAGGAGGAGAGGAAGAGGAGGAGUGUGGGGAGUUAUUGGAUAAGGUGGAGCAGACGGUGAGAGAGGGAGGAGGAGAGUGUUUCUCCUGUCCGCUCUUCCAGGAAGCGGAGGAUAGGGUGAGACAGAGACAGGAGGAGAUAGUGAGGGAGAGGAGGGGAAGAGGAGAGGAGGUGAAGAGACAAGCGCUUCAUUCCUACUCCAUGCAGCCAUUGAGAGAGACAGAGGAAGAUGUGGAUGAGGAAGAGAACGAGAGAACGAGAGAGGAGGCGGAGAAGAGUGUGAGCGCCCUGGAAUUGGAAAAUCUUCCCUCGCUCUCGUCCUCUUCUGCAUGGUAUUCGUCGCUCCUUCGCUCUGUGUGGGAGAAGGUGGGGGCGGGAGCAAGUAAGGUCCCCAAGCUGACGGCUGGAGGUGCGCUGCUGGGUGGGGUGGUGGGCGUGUUCUUUGGAGGGCCCAUAGGGGGAGCUAUAGGGGCCACUGCUGGAUCUGUGGUCACUGAGGUGGGGAGAAGGAGGUUUAGCCAGACAAAGAACUCAGCAGAAGAGACAGAUGCCACAGGGAGAAUAGAAGGAGAAAUCUUGGACAAGGUGUUGAAAACAGAGUGAGAGAGUCAGAUCCACACACGUUGAUAUGGAUGUACAGUACAGCAUGUUAUGAGAGAUUAUUUGAUAGGUUUCUACCUAUGAUAUAUAUCCACCUGUGACCGCGCAGACGUUGUAUAUAUCUGUGAUUAUAAACUGGGUUGGUCGAGCCCUGAAUGAUGAUUGGCUGACAGCCGUGGUAUAUCAGACAGUAUACCACGGGUAUGACAAACAUUUAUUUUUACUGCUCUAAUUACGUUGGUAACCAGUUGAUAAUAGCAAUAAGGCACCUCGGGGGUUUGUGAUAUAUGGCCAAUAUACCAUGGCUAUAUACCACGUUGCGUCGUGCCUAAGAACAGCCCUUAGCCGUGGUAUAUUUUCCAUAUACCACACCCCCUCGGGCCUUAUUGCUUAAACAUAAUGUUGGUAAUAUUGUAUAUCUGUGAACAUAAUGUUGGUAACAUUGUACAACAUAUACUGAUGUGUAAGUUGUUUUGCGGCAAAUACCGGUUCUCAUUGACUACUUCAAUGUUUUGUUGUAUUUCUUUUCCAGCUAUUACAAUUAUGACUUGUUAAAUAACUCACAUGUGCUACGUCAUUAUUAUUCAAAUUACAUUCAACAUGGUUUCUUUAAAUGUUAAACUACUAUUGUGCAUAUAGUUAAUCUGUUUAUUAAUGCUAAUAAAACACAUUGCAUGAUAAUAUCAUUCA